AUGAAAAUUGAUGAUAUUGUCACUAUUUCUGAUCCGGGCAAAGAAGAAUUUAGUGACUUUUCAAAUUUUCUAAAUGGUAUAACUCAAGAUGGAAAAAUUUGCAUUAUUCAUCCACCAAAGGAAUGGCGGCCGACGUUUGUUAUCAAUGGCUUUGAAAAUUUAUUCUCUAAAAAUAACUUUGAUAAGAAUUGCAGAGUUUGGAACAUCUAUGAUUAUGGUAUCAUGGCUGAUGAUUUUAAAAGAGAUUUCUUUGAAAAACCAGUUGAUAAAGUUCCCGAAGAUGCCGUGGAGACUGAAUUUUGGAAUUUGAUGCAUAGAAACAGAAGACUGAUGUGCAGUGAUCAUACUGGAAAUUCGAUGAUUUCAAACCAAGCUGGUGCCCACAAAAAGAAAUCCAAAAUAACAACCAUCAACAUGGUUGGACUGAGUGGAUUCCCUACUGAUUCAUGCAAAGAUUUGUAUGAACAAGACAAAAUGUAUUUGAAUAGCCCAUGGAAUCUUAGUAACACAAAAGAUCAUUGCCUCUUGAAAUACAUAUCAUCAAGUAGUUUCUCAAAAGGCCUUAUUGAAAGCAGUCUGCAGAUGUGCUUCUCUCACAGACCAUGGACCAGAAAUGAAAUAAAUGCUUGGACCCUACAUUAUCUACAUUGGGGUGAUAGCAGGACUUGGUAUUGUGCCAUAUUUGAUGAAGCAGCUGAUUCUGAUCAAGGUCGUGGUGGUGAGAAGAUGAAAGACUUGAUUGGUGUAGCAGGUGGUUGCACUUGUCCUCUUAUCGAUGACAUCACUGCACUGCAAAAUGUCAAGACGGUCAAAUUUUUCCAAAGAGCAGGAGAAUAUGUUUUUAUCCCACCGCAUGUUCACACAUUCAGCAUAUCUCAUGGCUUCAACUUUUCAGAAAGUUCUCUCUACUUGCCUGACAACUGGAUUCAGCAAACUUUCAAGUUGUAUGAGGAGCAGUUGUUGGAUGGUUGCACGUUUAAAGAGGCAAUCCCAUUUUCAUUUGAGGAAAUGUUGGUGAGGAUGGCUAACCAGCAACAGAUGUUGACGUCAACAAAUGUUGAAACAGUUUACAACAUUUUGUCGAGAAUUAUUGACAACCACUUGAAAUACUGUGAUGAGGCUCAAAAUACAGGCUUGCCAAUAAAAAUAGUUCAUAAGAACAUUGAGCUUGUUAAUGAAAACGUUAGGAGGUGCUUCGUUUGUGGUUCCGUGGCAUUUCUUGCUGUUGUCAAAUGCAAUGUAUGUAAAAAAGUUACUUGCUUAAAACAUUUUACAACAAAAAAUGAUCACGAGACAUGCCAACAACAACAACGAAAGCAGAAAGAGCAUCAUCAACUUCAACGACAUGAACAACAACAACAGUUACAUGGACAGCCUCACCAACGUGAUGACUUGCAAGACAUACAACCCUUUAUAACAUCGUACCUCAAAUAUACACCUGUACAACUUGCCAGCAUACUUAAUGCAUUGAAGGAGAGAGUUGAGAGCCACAAGAAAUGGUUGCAAACAGCUGACCAGUUGCUUCACAGUGUUACAAAUAUAAAAAUCUUUUCCAGUUAUGCUGAACUUAUUGCAUUUAAAAACAAGUAUUACGAAUUGAAUAUAAAGAACGAUGUGUUGGUAAUGGGUGUUAAAAUUCUUAUAAACUCGGUGAAGAAGCUGGUAAAAAAUGCAAACAGUGCUCUUCUUGGUGGUUGUCCUAAGUUGAGUCUGGAUGGUUUGAAAACGUUAUACAAUGAUUUGAUCAACAGUCCAUGUCAGUUGGAAGUGACUGACAAAAUCAGGAAGAACAUCGAAAUUGUGGAGGAUUUCAAUGCAGCCAUGGACCAAUUAUUAUCUUCAUCUUCGUUGCCAUUAACAAUGUUACCAGCAAAUAAAACAUUCGAAACAAAAUCAACACCGACGACCCUGAAGAGAAAGUUUUUAUUUAACAGAAGUGAUUUGAAUUAUUUGAUGGAUGUUUCAAAAAGUUUACUGGUUGAACAUUCAUAUUCAGAUAUUUUGAAUAAGAUGUACGAGCAGGUGCUUUGGAUUGAAGGGUCUGAAAAUGUUAUUAAAAGUCUGUCACUUUCUGAGUCAGCAUUAUCAUCAUCAUCAUCAUCGUCGUCGUCCUCCACACUAUCAGCAUUCUUAUCGUUAACAUCAUCGAGACACUGGAUCGAUAAUAAUGAUCUGAAACAAGUAAAAAGUCUCAUAAGAGAAGGGUUAAGACCGAACUUGGGUUUGAAAGAAAUGAAAGAAUUAUUGAAACUAGCAGAAGAUCAUCCAUCCGAAGUGAAGUCGGACAAGUUGAUAAAGUGGAAGAAUAAAAUUUCAAUGGCUGAACAAUGGGAGCAAGAAUUCGAACAACUUUUGAGCAACGACAACUCACCAUACCUGCAUGACAUGCAGCAACACCUGGAAAAGAGCGCAGAAUUGCCUGUCUCCUCAGAAAUCCUCACUCAAUUGGAAAAUGAUAUCUGCAAAGCUGUUGAUUGGUUGAAGAAGGCGGAAGAUUUGUUUGUUGUGCAGAGAGGUGAUGCUGAUCAAAUUGCUUUUGUCGAUGCUAGCUUCAUCGGUGGUUGCAAAAGUGGAAGCAGUUUAUUUGAGACAAAAUGCAUAAGAGAGGCAGAAAGAAAAGAGCUUGAGGACAUGCUCGUUCUGAGAACAGUGAACAAACUGAAGUGGAUUUCAAAUGAUUCAUUGUACUGUUUCUGCAAACAACCAUUAUCCCUAGAUAUGAUACAAUGCUUUUUGUGCUGCAAUUAUUUUCAUAUAUCCUGCCAACAAAAUAAUCAAAUUGCAUCAACUAUAUCUUCAAAUGCUGUCACAACAAAUAAACGUGAAGCAGUUGAAACUUCUGCACAACCGACUUCAGUUUAUUCAAGCAGUUCAACUUCUAACACGGUUUUUCAAUCGAGAUACUACUGCAUCAACUGCUGCCAUUCUAAGAGACCGGCCCUGGAUGACGUGUACCAGCUAUUAGUCAUCCUGCUGCUUGUUCCACUUCGAAUAAUUGAAGGUCAGUUGUUGGAGAUGUUGGUUGACCGAGUUAGCUCGUGGAUGAAUCGUUUGAAGGAAUAUUUGCAGUCAGAUGAGUGCAGGCCCGCCAUAUCUCAUCUGCUCUCUUUUGAAGAGACCAUCACUCAAUUGGAAAGGUGCGAGCUCUUUGUGAAAGAUGCGGAUAUCCAGAGAGUGUGCCGGCUAAAGAAUUUCAUUGAGAGCAGCAGUCCAGCGUUUGAAAGAUUGGACAAAUUUGUCGUGGAGGGCGAGCUGCUGGAAGUUUCAACAGAUGAACAUGAUUAUGUCUGGAGAUUCAUGUCUCUCUACUACCGAUCCAAAAAACUAAUUGACGAUUUUGUAAAGUGCGCAGAACAAGCAAAGAGAUUGAAGUCAAUCGACCAGUCUGUUGAAGAUGAAAAUUUUGGCACAAAAAUACCAACACAGACGGACGGGCUAAUCAUUACAUCAGCUGCAAAAGCGCCAGACAUCAAACCAUCUGGUCAACAUAAGAGAGAUGCUAAUAUAGAAACAUCUAGUAACAGCACAACUAAAAAAUGUAAAUUAACGUUAAAAGAUUACAAAGCAAACAGUUGUAAUGAUGAUUUAGAAUUGGCUUCUAACAACGAUUAUGAUAAAGACGAUGAUGAGAUGGUGAAAGAGGAGGAGGAGGAUGAAGAGGAAGACCAGGACAUAAUGUCGGAGUGUGAUGAAAGUAAUGAUAGCAGUCAUGAGGAUUGUUCAGUUGGGAGCUGUUUAAGACCAUUAGGUUUAAUUAAAAACAUUUAA